CUUCUUGCCUUUCGCUUACCACCAGGACUCCUCUCUCAACCCUCUACCGAGUCUACGUACAUAAUACUCAUGGCCAAGCGCAAGUCAGACGCGACCGAGAUCAGCGACUACGAAGACGAGCUCCAACAACCGAAUCGCAAAGCGGCCCGCAAGUCUGACGCGUCCACCGCGUCUUCCUCAUCGUCGACCCGCUCUUGGAAGGACAUACAGCUCGAAGGAGAUGAUGAGGGUGGAGUACCUGUCUAUGACACCCCUGGAGAAGUCCGUCGCAAGAUUCGUCUUCUGUUGAAAGAGCCCAACUUCAAGGUUACGCCCUGGCUCAAAGAAAUUGGCAAUAUCAACAGCAACAGCUACCGUCGCUUCAUGGCGGAAAAGGAUGCACAAAACGGCAAGGGCAAUGGCACCUACUACGCGGCCUACGUCUACUUCGAGAAACGCCGCAUUCUCGACGGCAAAGCUAAGACGGCUACUCGUAUUUCCAAUGAAAAGAUACCUGGCGGAUUUGAACUACGCGAUUGUAGGAACAUGUGGGUUCGCGCAAGGUAA